AUGAGAUCCAUCGUUUACACUCCUCUGGAUACUAGACAACAUGGAGACCCAAACCUUCUUUGUGCCCCCCCAACAUGGAUGGAUUACUUGAUCUUCUUUGGGGCGAAUUACCUUGCGCAUGCUGUAACAUUAAUCGGUCGGCCAGGGGCGACAACGCUGGAAACCUUUGUGGAUACUGCAAAUGCGCUAUUCAUCCCUGGCUCCGGUGCACUUCGCGCGGUUAAUUUGCUUGUCCACUGUGUCUCGAUCUGUCAUCAGUCAUCUCUGGACUCGGCUGCCAAGGCAGGGGCACUCUGUAUGGUUGUCAAGGAGAAACAUCUGCCGCGUCUAUUCGUAGGAUUUUCAGGGGAGCAGAUUUCCGAGACGGGCCGUGACUGGUUCUCAUCCGCAUUUCGCAUCUCGGGGAUGCCACACAGGAUUCCUCUGAGUCGAGCCAUUUUUGGAACUAUUCAUCUCCCCGAGGGAAAAGGAUACACUUUGAUUGAGGUACCACCUCAAGUCUUACUGAGAGUCGGCGGAUCCCAUACAUCAACCAACAGAAGGCACCGAAGCCGCAGUGAAAACCAAGAGAGGUCUUCUACUCAAGAUUUUCGUGUGCCUGCAACCCGGGAUAUACCGAGGAUUCUAGCGAGCAUUCUUCAAAUCCUAUGGGGAAUCGUCACACUUUAUAAAACAGGGGGAAAUCAGAUCCAACUCUAUGGAUACGGGGCCUUUGGCUUAACCGUCGCUCCGUACGCAAUCAUGAGCUUUCUCAAUCUCGCCACACAUUUGAUGCAUCCGAACUACUCAACUAUGUAUCUUGUUCAUACUCAAGAUAUGGAAGCAGCUCAUCAUGCGGAAAACGUUCGAGGGCACUUUGCAGGUUGGGUCGCUCACGCGAAUUUAAAUGAUCACCCCAUGCCUACUCGCACUUUUCUCGUCAUUCACGGGCUCGGCUACCUCGCUAUUGUUGUCACACCUAUCAUCAUUGUCGGUGCAUUGACCGGCUUUGAAUCUGGGACUAAUGUAAUAAUCCGGCGAAGUUGGAUCCUCGGAUGGCUUAUAGUCGGCUCCGCUUCCUCACCAUGGGUUAGCAUUUUCAAUGCUGCGAACCCGAUAAUUCGUCUUUUGGUCUGUUUCCCAUUAUGGAUCCCUGCAAUAGGCGGAAUGGUGGUUGUCGGGCAAAUGCUUAAUGAUUUUGGGAUCUGUAAACGGUUGGAUUAA